AACCGGAACGCAGUUUUAAUCUGUGAUAUGUCAACUAUAUUUUCUAAUUUCUUGUCAAACAAGUGAAUUAUGAAAGGAAUGAGUUAUUCUAAGAUUUUAAAUUCUAAUGAAAUUAAAAUUUGAAGUUAAGUAUUGUACCAGGAGUAAAAACUGUAAUUAUGAUCUGGUCAUUAAAUCGAAAAAUAAUAUUAGGGACAGCCAUGAGGCUGACUCCUACAUUCAUAAUACCAAUCUUUCAAGGUGGGAAUGAAAACGACUCUAUUAAUCCUCAAGCAGAUCUUAAUGAGAAGACAGGAUGGGAUAGAGUACGAGCGAUGUACUCUAAAAAUGAAUUUGAUGAAAUAUCAGUAGAAUUACACAGUGUAGCUCAAGCUACUAUGAGUGGCCUAUUUAUAGGAGCGUGCUUGGGUGGUUUUGCAAAAUCAAGAGAUGCUUAUUUAAACUUUAUAGAAAAUAAUCAAGCAACCAUUUUUCAGUCAACUUUUCAAGCAAAGAAAAAAUUACAAGAUUAUGUUACAGUGGCUUUUGCAAAAGGUGCUUACCAUUGGGGAUGGAGACUGGGCAUUUUUACUGGAAUGUUUAGUUUAGUUUCCACUACAAUAUCUGUGUACCGUGAUCAAAGUUCACUUGGAGAAUAUGUAGCAGCAGGGACCAUUACAGGAGCUAUAUACAAAGCCAAUUUGGGAGCUGCUGCAAUGCUAGUUGGAGCACUUGUAGGGGGAGUGUUGAGCAUGUUAGGGGGAAUUUUAAUUUUAACCAUACUUAAAAUAAGUGGAAUAUCUAUGGACGACAUUAGAAAAUCUUUAUAUAAAUUGAAGGAAGCAAGACAAGAUCAAUUCAACCAGGCAGUCGACAAAAGUGCGUCCGAAAAACAUGAUAGCUUGACACAACACCAUGAUGAAAUUGUUGGAAGCCAAGGUUUCAAGAAAAUAGAAGAGCUACACUAAAUUAUUUAUAGAUUUUUUUUAUUUAAUUCAGUGAAUAAUAUAUUUAAUUAGUAAUUAAAACAAA